AUGAAUAAAAAAUUACAUCAAAGAAUUAAACGAUUAUUCAAUCGUAGAUCAUCGAAAUUCCGAGUUGAUAGUGAUACCAUACCGAAAAGUAAUCAACGAUAUGAUAAUUUAUUCUUGCUAAGUAAUGAUGGGAAAAAAUCAAAACUUGGAACUAAAAUUAAAUAUAUUCAACAAGAUCUAGCUGAAAUAAAACGUAUACUUUCGAAAAAAGAACAUGAUUAUUAUGGUAUACUGAACAUUGACAAAGACGCAACACAGGAUAAAAUUGUUACUGCUCAUAGAAAAUUAACUUUGCUUGUGCAUCCUGAUAAAAUCAAUGUGCCUGAUGCUACAGAAGCAACACAACGACUGAAUAAAGCUCGUAUCGUACUGCUGAAAACAAUUGAAAUUCAACAUCAAGGUAUUGAUCAGUUAUAUUAUUCAUAUUAUGGUCCUUUAAAUUUCAAUCGAUACAUUUAUUCAAUCGAGUUAUACACUUGUUUUCCUAAGUUUGAUGACUGCAUCUUUGACUGUUUAGGUCGUUAUCAACAAGCAACAGAACCAGUCACAAAUGUAUCUUUCACAAUAAGCAACAAGAAGCAUGGCGAAGUAUCAAAUAUUAUUGAUAAGACAUCAACUAAGAUUUCAGUACUCCCCCAGUUAGAAUACUCAACAAAAGAAAAACAAAGUCUCAAAAUCAACAUCCAAGAUGAUAAAUCUCAUUAUUUUCUGUUUGCUUUUAUUUUAUUAAUAAUUGGCAUCAUUAUUUGCAUCAUAUAUUGGAAAAAGCGACAACGUCGUAUACAAUCUUUUAGUUUUGAAAAUGGCUCAAAAAAGUCAAAGAUUUCUCCAACUUAUGAUAGUCCUGAUUCGGAUGAUGAUGAUACUAUAAACAUGCAUGAUACAACAGAAGUAUCAAUCAUUAAGGAUGAAGCAGCGACCAAUUUAGUUACAAAAACUCGAUACUCAAAACGAUGA